GUCAUAAAAUGUUGUGAAAAUGCCACAGUCAUUAUUUGUUUUGUAUGAGCAUGCCUCCGGUUAUGGCCUAUUCCGAGUUAAGGAGUUUGAGGAAGUGGCCACAUUUAUUCCUGUGGUGGAGAAGAGUACAGUUGAUGUUAGCAAAUUCCAGUCCAUUGUCAAGCUGGUUGCCUUUGCACCAUUCAAGAGUGGAACCAAUGCGCUCGAUAACAUGAACAGUAUCUCAGAAGGGGUUCUUCAUGAGGAUCUACAUGUUUUCCUGGAGUCCAAUGUUCCCAAGGGAGGAAAGAAAGACAAGGUGGUUUUGGGGGUUGCAGAUGCUAAAAUUGGAGCAGCCAUCACAGAGGAGCUUGGAAUUAAGUGCACUCAUAUUGGAGUGGUCCCAGAAGUGAUCAGAGGAAUCCGACUUCACUUCCCAAACAUGGUAAAGGGUUUAACAGAGGUGUCUUCAGCCAAAGCUCAACUUGGUUUGGGUCAUAGCUAUUCAAGGGCAAAGGUCAAGUUCAAUGUCAAUAGGGCAGAUAACAUGAUCAUCCAAAGCAUCAGCUUAAUGGACCAACUGGACAAGAAUAUUAACACAUUUUCUAUGAGGAUGAGAGAGUGGUACUCGUAUCAUUUCCCAGAACUCGUAAAAAUCAUCUCAGACAAUUAUUUGUAUGCCAAGGUGGUCAGGUUGAUUGGGAACAGGAAGGAGUAUACUGAUGAGUCCCUGGAACAGCUGGAGGAACUCGUAAUGGACAGCGGCAAGGCUCAGGCAAUACUGGACGCCAGCCGAUCAUCCAUGGGAAUGGACAUCUCUCCAAUUGAUCUGAUGAACAUUGAGGCCUUCACUGCUAAAGUGAUUUCAUUAACAGAGUACAGGAAAGGACUGGCUGACUAUCUCAGGAGCAAGAUGAAAGCAGUGGCUCCUAAUCUGGGAACUCUCAUUGGUGAUCAGGUUGGGGCUCGUUUGAUUGCACAUGCAGGCAGUUUAACAAAUCUGGCCAAAUAUCCAGCAUCUACAGUGCAGAUUUUGGGUGCUGAAAAGGCACUGUUUAGGGCCAUCAAAACCAAGGGAAAUACUCCCAAGUAUGGGCUUAUCUUCCACUCUACAUUCAUUGGUCGAGCUGCUGCCAAAAACAAAGGGAGAAUAUCCAGAUACCUAGCCAACAAGUGUUCCAUUGCCUCACGAAUCGAUUGUUUCUCAGAGAUUCCUACUCAAGUUUUUGGGGACCAUUUGAAACAGCAAGUGGAGGACCGCCUUAAGUUUUUGGACACAGGGGAGGCACCUCAGAAAAACAUUGACGUCAUGCAUGAAGCGGUGCAAGAGGCAGCAGUUGUACAGGCUAAAGCAGCAAAGAAAGAGAAGAAAAAAAAGAAGAAAGAGAAGAGGAAGUCCUCGGCUGAUGAUACCCUAGAUACAACACAGGAGGCCGAUACCACACAGGAGAUGGACAUUUCACAGGAGGAGCCCAAGAAGAAGAAGAAAAAGAACAAGAGGAAGUCCGAGGGUGAGGGCCUGGAUACCACCCAGGAGAUGGACACCACCCAGGAGGAGGAUCCACCCAAGAAGAAGAAGAAGAAACCCAAGGUGGAGGCUGAGGAAGAAGAGUCAGAGGAGGAGGUGACAAAGAAGAAGAAAAAGAAGAAGAACAAGUAAUGGUUUUAAGAUGAGAAGUAUGCUCUCUGACCAGGGAAAAAAGAUAUUGUACACCUUACUUAAACGAUAUACAGUAUAAUUUGUCCAAUCCGGCUACCGCCGGUUCCAUAAAAUUUGGCCGGAUUAGACAGAAUCCGGAGUGCAGGAAAAAUGCAGGAAAAUAUCAAUUUCGAAAAUUUUCGUUGUUUAUUUACAAGUACAUCAUAUACAUAUCAUAAAUAAAAUCAAAUGAUGAAAUCAAUUACUAUUUUGGAGUCUAGAAAUUAUAAAAUAGUCUCACAUGACUGACUAUAUUUUCUUAUUUGUUCACGAAGUUUGAAAGUCGGGUGAAAUGUUUCCUCAAUCAAAAUAUACAGGCACGCAUAAUAUAGGCCUACUAAGUAUCAAGUGGACCGGGUUUCGCUUGUCAAAGACCUCAUUCAAUGUAUUGACAGUAAUGCACAAUUAUUUACGAUUUGCUAAUUAUUAUAUUGAACUUUUAAUUUUAUGUAAAAAUUUACGUCUUCCCCCACAGUGUCAUGGCGCCAUUUUGAAUGCGUUCGAUUUUCGAUCCCGAUUUAUAUUUUGAUUUGUAAAUCGCGUACAUAUAUUUUUGUGUUUAUGUUAUUAUGUGGUAAAAGGAGUUAAAACAAAGUUAAUUUUUUUUAAAUUGUAAUUUUAUCAUAUAAUAUAUUUUUCAAGUGGACUGUGUCACCGCCGCAUUUCACCGAGUUCGUCUCAUGGCACUAAUAAUCAUGCUAAUGUAAACACAGAUUAUCACAUUCCCCACGAAAGGUGUUAAUUGCUUUGAAGUAACUCAGGUGUGGCCGGAUUAGAGGGAAUAAUUACCGUUAAUUAUGAGCAGUAGGGACCAGUAUUGCCGUUCGGAAUACAGAAUAGACAGUAUCCGGACUACACAGAAUUUUUUAAAAUGAAUUUGUUAAAGAAGUGCAUGGGACUAAAAUUUACGGACGGAAUGGACAAAAGUCCGGAGUACUCAGAGUCCGGAUUAGACAAAUUUUACUGUAAAUGAGUAGUUAAGUAAUGGUGUUAAUAUGAGAAGCAUCAUCUCUGUAAACCUGGGAAAAUAAGAAUUUGUACAGAUUACCUAUUUAGAGGUUGAAACUCUUGUAACACAGAAGAGUUCUUAUUUUAUGACCUUUUAUCUGCUUCAUUUUGUAGAAGAUAGGCAAAUUUAUUAAGAUAAUGUUUGAUUGGUUACAUAUUGUUAUGAUAUAUUCUGUGUUUUCCAUUUGGUUACAGUCUUUUUGUUUUAAUAUGAUGAAAUGUUAUUGAUAAGAUCAAGUAAUAAAAAGAAUUUUUAUAUUAACUGUAGAGUAAAGUGUAAUGUUAUAUUGUUUAGAAAAUUUCUUGAAAUCAAUGAGAUUUUUUUAAAAAUCUGUCCAUUCUAGAUGCUCAUGUAGGCUGGCCAAGUGUAAUUUUCCUGUAGUUUUUCAUUGGCACUUGGAAUAUCAAUUUUCAGUGUGUCUAAAUAAAGGUCACUAGGUCUUGUGCAAAAAACAAUGUACUGUAAAAACUGUGAAAUUUUCUUCAGCUAUUGUCAAUUGAUAUAAAAUUAUAAAUUUAUUUCCUUGAUUGUUCUGCAACACACUUAUAAAAAGUCAUUGUAAAAAAAUAAAUAAACGAAGGGUUCAUUAAAAUUGUCUAAUUUUUGAAUGCACUUGUCGUGUGAGGGUUUUAUGAAUGUUUGUAAAAAUGAUGUAAACAAUUAUGUAAAUCGCAAGAAAAUAUAAAUGAAAAUUUUCAGA